UUGAAAAGUAACUUGCUCACCACAAACCAUUUUUUGUCUUUUAGUGCUUCACUCGUUUUCUUCAUUUUUUUUACCAUUCUCUUUCACUCUUCCGAAGUUAUGGUGUGUGUUUUUCUCAUGGAUUUAUUCUGAGUUAAAGUUUCAAUCUUUUCUUCUGGGGUUGUGAGAUUCUGUAAGUAUCUUAGUUUGAAGCUUUCUUGUUCAUGAGGUUCUGAAAGGUGUUUUUUUUUUCAUUGUUGUUGUGAAGUUCGUUGAAAAAUUUAUGCUUUUUUUGUUUUGAGCAUUUGGGUUUUUGAUUCUGUUGUAUUUGAACUGUUUGUUUGUUGGUUUGUGAGAUGGGUUUUGGAGAAAGGCUCAAUUUUGAUUUGUGGGUUGUUUUUGUUUGAAGAUCUUGAGGGUUUGAGGAUUGAAUUUAGGUAGGUUUUUGUAGAUUUUAAGGUGUAGUUUGGUGGAAAUCAGUGAAGAAUGUGUGUGGAAUUGGAUUGAUUGUGGAAUAGGUUUGUUGGUUUGAUUUGAUUUGAUUUUGAUGUUAUUGAGGUGAAAUGGAAGGGAAUUUAUCACAGGGAGGUAUAAUUCAAGGUGGUGGUAGUGGUUCUUUUGGUUUGCCGGGAUCGAUGCGAGUUCAUCGUCAAGCGCCGAUGAACCAACAUCAAACUCAUCCUUGUCAAGGUUCCGCGGUGCAUUCGUCGAUUCGUGAAGGUUUUCCUCUUACAAUGGGGACAUUGCAGAACUGUGAUCAGAAGAUAGGGAUGAAUGAGUUUGGUCAGGGGGAUAGAAACAAAAACUCGGCAAGUGAGGAGGAUGAGCCGGAGGAAGGUGGUGAGGGUCAUCAGCAAGAGGGGGCGAGAGGGAAAAAGGGGUCGCCUUGGCAGCGUGUGAAGUGGACUGAUAAGAUGGUGAGGCUUUUGAUAACAGCGGUUUCUUAUAUUGGCGAGGAUGGGACUUCAGAAGGUGGUGGUGGAGGAAGGAGGAAAUUCGCGGUUUUGCAGAAAAAAGGUAAGUGGAAAUCUAUUUCUAAGGUUAUGGCUGAAAGAGGUUAUCGUGUUUCGCCUCAGCAAUGCGAGGAUAAGUUUAACGAUCUUAAUAAAAGGUACAAAAGGCUUAAUGAUAUGCUUGGAAGAGGAACUUCUUGUCAAGUUGUUGAAAAUCCCGCUUUGUUGGAUGUUAUCGAUUUUCUUAACGAGAAAGAAAAAGACGACGUUAGAAAAAUAUUAAACUCGAAACAACUCUUCUAUGAAGAGAUGUGUUCUUAUCAUAAUUGUAAUAGAUUGCAUUUGCCGCAUGAUCCCGCAUUGCAACGGUCCUUGCAGAUAGCUCUCAGAAAUAGAGAUGAUCAUGAUAACGAUGAUGUGAGAAGGUCCUAUCAUGACGACCACGACGAGGAUAGUCACGAUAUGGAAACUGAUGAUCAUGAUGAGUUCGAAGAGAAUUACGCUUCACAUUGUGAUAGUCAAGGAAUCUUCGGAGGAUUGGGAGGAUCUACGAAAAGACUAAGACAAGGCCAAGGUCAAGGUCAAGAAGACGCUACUACUUUCGGGAACUCUUUAAAUUGUCAGGAGUAUAACAAAAGUUUGUAUCCUCUUGGACACAUCGCGCAACCUGACGGAAACCAAGCUUUACCCGAAAAUAUGAGAGCAGCUUUGUUACAGAAGCAAUGGAUUGAAUCUCGUUCGGUUCAGUUGGAAGAACAGAAGCUACAAAUUCAGGUUGAGAUGAUGGAAUUAGAGAAAGAAAGAUUCAAGUGGCAGAAGUUUAGCAAGAAAAAAGACCGAGAGUUGGAGUUGUUCAAGCUGGAGAAUGAAAGGAUGAAGAUUGAGAAUGAACGUAUUGCUUUAGAGCUAAAACGGAAGGAGAUCGGCAGCACCAGCUUUAACUAGGUUUGCUGUUUUGCAACGGCACUUCUUUCUUUCUUUUUUUCCGAAAAAAUUAUUAUUUCUCGAAUAUCUAUGAUAAACUGUGGUAUAUUUUGGUGUCUCUAAGGAGAUAAUUAA